AUGACCAAUUUCAGAUACACUCAACCAUUGGACGAGGUACUCGAACAACACCGUAAACUGGACCUGGUCGAAACCACCACGGUUAUCAACUGUAGCCCUGCCACUACAUCCGAUGAGGUCACCAUUGAUCGAACUAAGACCCAGACAUACACCAUAUCUAUGGAACAGUCGCUUUCGUGGGUCAGUAGGUAUUGCAACCGAUUUAGCGUAACAGCCGGUGUGAGUGCCAACCUGUUUGGCAUAUUUGAUGCCUCCGUGUCCACUACGGCUGAAGUGGAGUGGGAGUUGGGACAGGAGUCCAGAGAGACCCGGGGCAGUCAGUUGUCGACAACAAACGAGUAUAAGAUAUCCGUCAAAAAGACAGUGAAUAUACCGGAAGAUCAAUGCAUUAAAGUGCUGUCGUAUGUGAAAUGGAUCAGCGACUUAGCACUGCCCUAUAUCGCGACUAUUCAUGUCAAGAUUACAAGCAAGUCCGGUAUGGACGUGGACAUGGAGUUGACUAAUAAGUUGGUUAAGUUGUUUUUUGAUCAGGAACAGUGGGAGGGUAGCAAGGUGCUUAAGUUUAAUACUACUGGUUCAUUUGUGGGCUCGUUUGGCCUGGAUAAGUAUAUCGAGAUUAAUAAAGUUGGUAAUACGUGCAGAUCCCAGUCCGCCCUAGGAAGCAGUCGGUCCACAGCAUGA